CCCGCCCCAUUCUCCCGCUUUCCAUCAACCCUCCCCUUUCUCCCGCUUUCCAUCUCCCCGCCCCAUUCUCCCGCUUUCCAUCACCCCGCCCUAUUCUCCCGCUUUCCAUCACCCCGCCCCAUUCUUCCGCUUCCCAUCAUCCCGCCCCAUUCCCCCGCUUUCCAUCACCCCUCCCCAUUCUCCCUCCUUCCAUCACCCUGCCCCAUUCUCUCGCUUUCCAUCAUCCCGCCCCAUUCUCCCGCUUUCCAUCACACCGCCCCAUUCUCCCGCUUUCCAUCACCCCGCCCCAUUCUCCCUCCUUCCAUCACCCCGCCCCAUUCUCCCGCUUUCCAUCACCCCGCCCCAUUCUCCUUUCUUCCAUCACCCCGCCCCAUUCUCCCUCAUUCCAUUACCCCGCCCCAUUCUCCCGCUUUCCAUUACCCCGCCCCAUUCUCCCGCUUCCCAUAACCCCACCCCAUUCUCCCGCUUUCCAUCACCCCGCCACAUUUUCCCACUUUCCAUCACCCCGCCCCCUUCUCUCUCCUUCCAUCACCCCGCCCCAUUCUCCUUCCUUCCAUCACCCCGCCCCAUUCUCCCGCUUUCCAUCAGCCCGCCCCAUUCUCCCGCUUUCCAUCUUCCCGCCCCAUUCUCCCGCUUUCCAUCACCCCGCCCCAUUCUCCUGCUUUCCAUCACCCCGCCCCAUUCUUCCGCUUCCCAUCAUCCCGCCCCAUUCCACCGCUUUCCAUCACCCCUCCCCAUUCUCCCUCCUUCCAUCACCCCGCCCCAUUCUUCCGAUUUCCAUCACCCGCCCCAUUCUCCCACUUUCCAUCACCUCGUCCCAUUCUCCCGCUUUCCAUCACCCCGCCCCAUUCUUUUGCUUUCCAUCACCCCGCCCCAUUCUCCCGCUUUCCAUCACCCCGCCCCAUUCUCCCGCUUCCCAUAACCCCACCCCAUUCUCCCGCUUUCCAUCACCCCGCCACAUUUUCCCACUUUCCAUCAACCCGCCCCCUUCUCUCUCCUUCCAUCACCCCGCCCCAUUCUCCUUCCUUCCAUCACCCCGCCCCAUUCUCCCGCUUUCCAUCAGCCCGCCCCAUUCUCCCGCUUUCCAUCACCCCGCCCCUUUCUCCCGCUUUCCAUCUCCCCGCCCCAUUCUCCCGCUUUCCAUCACCCCGCCCCAUUCUCCCGCUUUCCAUCACCCCGCCCCAUUCUUCCGCUUCCCAUCAUCCCGCCCCAUUCCACCGCUUUCCAUCACCCCUCCCCAUUCUCCCUCCUUCCAUCACCCCGCCCCAUUCUUCCGAUUUCCAUCACCCGCCCCAUUCUCCCGCUUUCCAUCACCUCGCCCCAUUCUCCCGCUUUCCAUCACCCCGCCCCAUUCUUUUGCUUUCCAUCACCCCGCCCCAUUCUCCCGCUUUCCAUCACCCUGCCCCAUUCACCCGCUUUCCAUCACCCGCCCCAUUCUCCCGCUUUCCAUCACCCCGCCCCAUUCUCCCGCUUUCCAUCUGCCCGCUCCAUUCUCCCGCUUUCCAUCACACCGCCCCAUUCUCCCGCUUUCCAUCACCCCGCCCCAUUCUCCCGCUUUCCAUCACUCCGACCCAUUCUCCCGCUUUCCAUCACCCCGACCCAUUCUCCCACAUUCCAUCACCCCGCCCCAUUCUCCCUCCUUCCAUCACCCUGCCUCAUUCUCCCUCCUUCCAUCACCCCGCCCCAUUCUCCCGCUUUCCAUCACCUCGCCCCAUUCUCCCGCAUUCCAUCACCCAGCCCCAUUCUUUCGCUUUCCAUCACCCUGCCCCAUUUUCCCGCUUUCCAUCACCCCGCCCCAUUCUCCCGCUUUCCAUCACCCUGCCCCAAUCUCCCGCUUUCCAUCACCCCGCCCCAUUCUCCCUCCUUCCAUCACCCCGCCCCAUUCUCCCGCUUUCCAUCACCCCGCCCCAUUCUCCUGCUUUCCAUCACCCAGCCCCAUUCUCCCGCUUUUCAUCACCCCGCCCCAUUCUCCCGCUUUCCAUCACCCCACCCCAUUCUCCCUCCUUCCAUCACCCCGCCCCAUUCUCCCACCUUCCAUCACCCCGCCCCAUUCUCCCGCUUUCCAUCACCCCGCCCCAUUCUCCCUCCUUCCAUCCCCCCGCCCCAUUCUCCCUCCUUCCAUCAUCCCGCCCCAUUCUCCCUCCUUCCAUCACCCCGCCCCAUUCUCCCGCUUUCCAUCACCCCGCCCCAUUCUCCCGCUUCCCAUAACCCCACCCCAUUCUCCCGCUUUCCAUCACCCCGCCACAAUCUUCCACUUUCCAUCACCCCGCACCCUUCUCUCUCCUUCCAUCACCCGCCCCAUUCUCCCUCUUUCCAUCACCCCGCUGUCAGAUUACUAUAGCUGA